CGGCCACACUACGUUGAAAACACCAGUUCUCGUCCGAUCACUGAAGUUAAGCAACGUCGGGCUCGGUUAGUACUUGGAUGGGUGUCCGCCUGGGAACACCGAGUGUUUCGACCAGUUCCUGGCCUGGACAAAAUUUAUGAGCCGAAAUUAAUUUUUCUGUGUUUACGGCCAUACCACGUUGAAAACACCAGUUCUCGUCCGAUCACUGAAGUUAAGCAACGUCGGGCUCGGUUAGUACUUGGAUGGGUGACCGCCUGGGAACACCGAGUGCUGUAG